AUUAGGUAGCCCUGCACAACAAAGGCAGCCAACAGCUACAACGGUUUGACAUCUCGGCUUAUUGUUUUGGACGGCGGUGUUUACUACGGAUGCUUAGAAUAACCAUUGAAUGCGACAGAAAUUUAUAUUGGUUAGAAGAUACUGAAUUAAUCAGCGAAUAUUAAAAUAACCCAUUGAUAUAAGAAAUUUCAGCUUAGGCGAAUUGGACGAGCAGAGCGAAAUCUAUUGGAUAUAUUACGUUGUUAGUUGGACUUUAAGUAACUGGAAGGAAACUGAAUUGUAUGUAGAACAUAUUCUUUAUUCACCUAGUUUCUGACAGAUGUUAAACUUUCAGCUUUGAAGCGCUUCAUUAAUAAAGCUAUCAAAAUCAGCUAUUUUUUUCCGUCCACUACAACAAUCUUCAAAGAAUUCAAUCAUGAAUACAAAUGACUCUGUACAGACAGCUGAGUUGGAAAUGUCCGGUUGUGUAGCUUGUGAUAGGCCUCAUACUGCCGAUAAUUACGUUUGUUGUGACAAAUGCGACAAGUGGUGGCACUUCUCGUGUGCCGGAGUUACAGCUUCCAUAGCAAAUCGCGAUUGGAUCUGUUCGCGAUGUCUUCAUGUGCAAAACACACUCGAGAGUAUUUCUGUGACUUCAGCCAGGUCUGGGACCCCUAGUCAGAAGUUACGACACGAACAAUAUUUGGCCCGCUUAGCAGAACAACAAAAGUUGGAGAGGCAGCAAAUGCUAAAAGAGCACGAAUUGCAGAAAAGACACCUGGAAGAGAAACAUCAGCUGAUGAUCCUGCGAGAAGAGAGCGAAAAUCGUAGUGCUCGCAGCGGCCGCAGCGUUGUGAGCUCAUCUACUCGUACCAAUCAGUGGGUGCGCAAACACGCAGAGGAACCAAUAACUACAGCCGCGAACGAAGGCGCAGUGGGAGGAACCACUACCAGCAUCGAUAAUCUUCCAGCCACACAAUCAUUACCGAAACCGGUCGAUCAGACCGGGCAAUCAGUGACACCUGAAUUCACAGAGCCUUCGCUGGUCGAGAAGUUGCGUGAGGAACUAAAGCUUCGAGAAGAGGAGUCACAAGAGCAAAUUCAGGCGCUGCAAGCUCAAUUGACUCAGCUUCAGGUUGAAUUGCAACAACAUAAACAACCAAAUCAGCCCACGCCCAUUACGACGAAUAAGGGAGCGGUUCCUAAAGUCAGCGGGAAUAUUUCUGGAAGCACAAAGCAAUCUUUAUUCCAAAUCAACGGUGUGAAUUGGGAAAUUUCACCAGUGGAUAAUACGAUAUCGAAACCGAUCACAGCUCAAAUUUGCGAAGAGACACGGAAUAGUACACGCUUUAAAGAGCAGUCAGAUGGCACAUUUUCUCUAUUAAACCACCGUUGGUCAACUGCUCAGGAGCAGCCCGGAAAUUUUGCAGGAGGGAACAAACGCAUCGAUUCAGUCAACAUCGGUAAACAAAAUAUUCCAAACGUCCCUUUCGUACCCGAACAGCUGCGGAGUAACGUGCCCUCGGGACAAGAGAGUAACAAUUCUCAUACGGUUCCCCUUGUGGACCCACCGAAGAUUUUUUUCACACCUGGGCGAAACCACGCGCGCUCGGAGCAGAGUGAUUUUCACCAUCGAGUAGCAGCGGAACAAAUACAGUCUCAGGAUGGUGCUAUAACAAGAUUUGGGCCGUCACAAGAGCAACUAGCCGCCAGACAGGUCCUUCCACGUGAUUUACCCGUUUUCACCGGCGACCCCGCGGACUGGCCCGUGUUCAUCAGCAACUAUAAUUAUACGACGGAGGCCUGCGGGUAUAGCAACGGUGAAAAUAUGAUUCGCCUCCAGCGCUGCCUGAAAGGCAUCGCUUGGGAAUGCGUGCGCAGCCGAUUAAUCCUUCCAGCGUCCGUUCCUCAGGUGAUAGAGUCAUUAACGAUGCGAUUUGGCCGCCCUGAAAUACUCAUUGAAGAGUUCGUCGAAAAAGUUAAAUCCACUCCGAUUCCGAGGGCUGACAAACUCGAGACCAUGAUCGACUUCGGAACAAUGGUACAAGGACUUUGUGACCAUAUUGUUGCAGCGAACUUACAAGAACACUUAGCCAAUCCAACACUACUGAAAGAUCUGGUGGCCAAACUACCCGCAGAAUACAAAAUGAAAUGGGCAGGUUACCGAAAUCAAUCUCCUACCGUUAAUUUAAAGACAUUUAGCAUGUUUAUGGAAGGGAUUGUAGAAGAUGCAUACAGCGUGUCAUCGUUCAAUGCAAGCGAACGAUUAGUCAGACGUGAAAAGCAAAGACGAAUAGACCAGAGUUUCGUUCAUGCUGAUAAUGAGGAAUGCUUGGAAGAAAUAGAAAUUAAAAAGCGCCCCGUUGAUUCAGCGGGAAUUGAAUGUUUGAUUUGUCGGAAAUACGGACAUCGAGCGAAGGAGUGCAGGGUUUUCUGGGCCAUGUCAAUCGAUGAACGUUGGAAAACGAUACAAAGCAAAGCAAUUUGUCGUACGUGUCUCUUUGGUCACGGACGAAGGUCAUGCCGUAGCACCACUCGUUGUGGUGUCGAUGGUUGUCAGUAUCGCCAUCACCCAUUGUUACACCCCUCCUCCUCAGUACAAGCAGCUCAGAGGAAGAGUCAGACAGAAGAUCAUCAUGUGCAUCAAGAUCAACUAUCGAAACUUCUUUUCCGCAUCGUACCAGUUACCCUCUACGGUCGUACUGGUAGCAUAGAUACAUUUGCCUUUUUGGAUGAGGGCUCGUCUCUUACGAUGAUAGAGAGCAGUUUGGCGGACAAUCUCGAAGUCAAUGGCUAUGAUAAGCCACUAUGCUUGAAAUGGACGAGCAACGUGACCCGCGAGGAAAAGCAAUCCAGGCGAGUUACAUUUGAAAUAUCAGGAAUCGGAAAGAUGAAGCGUUAUUGGUUAAAUGAUGUCGGAACAAUCCAGUCACUAGACCUACCGGUGCAAACGCUACCAAUCAAUGACAUGAAACUGCACUAUCAACACCUUCAAGGAAUUCCAAUCGAAGGGUACCGUGGCGCUGUACCUCGCUUGCUUAUUGGAAUUGACAAUAUCAAAUUGACACUGCCUUUGAAGACACGGGAAGGAGAAGAAGGUAAUCCAGUGGCCGUGAAAACUCGGCUUGGAUGGUGCGUCUAUGGCGGUCAAAGGAACGCUAGAUUUCCCUCUGUCAACAUGCAUAUCUGCGAAUGCAAUAGAGAUGAAUCUAUGGAUGAAACGAUCAAGACGUAUUUUUCGAUCGAGGAAGUCGGGGCUCGUCCAAGAAACGAGUGUAUGUCUAAGGAAGAUCAACGGGCGUUAAAGAUACUGCAGGAAACCACAGUUUCAGUGGGCGAUCGAUUCGAGUCAGGCCUCCUGUGGAAAUUCGAUGCUUUUGAAUUUCCAGACAGCUAUCCAAUGGCCAUCAAAAGGCUGCACUGUUUGCAGCGUAGAAUGGAAAAGGAUCCGACUUUGAAGGAAAAUAUUCAACGUCAGAUACAGGAAUACAUCGACAAAGGUUAUGCUCAUCGUGCAUCAGUCGGAGAAUUAGCGGCUGUCGAUCCUCGUAGAAUUUGGUUCCUGCCCUUAGGUGCAGUAGUCAACCCAAAAAAGCCUUCGAAAGUUCGCCUUAUAUGGGACGCCUCAGCGAAAGUCGAUGGUGUUUCGUUGAACGGCAUGCUAUUGAAAGGGCCCGAUCAGUUGGCGUCUUUACCAACAGUUAUCUUCCAUUUUCGGCAACACCAGGUGGCAGUAGUCGGUGACAUUAGGGAGAUGUUUCACCAGAUUUUUAUCCGUUGGCUCGACCGGUACUCACAAUGUUUCCUAUGGUCCCCUGACUCUUCCCACGAUCCCGAAAUAUUUGUGAUGGAUGUAGCUACGUUCGGCUCAACCAGCUCACCAGCGACUGCACAGUUUGUGAAGAACACAAACGCUCAGAGAUUCGCACAAGAAUUCACUAGAGCCGUCGAAGGAAUUCUGUAUAACCACUACGUGGAUGACUAUCUUGAUAGCUUCCCCGACGAAGAAGAAGCCAAACGAGUGGCAACAGCCGUUAGAGAAGUACACAGAAGAGGAGGUUUCGAGAUCCGCAACUGGUGCUCCAACAGUCCGGCAGUUCUGAAGCACCUAGGAGAAAAUGCGAAAAAGGUUGAGAAAAAUCUCAAUUUAGAGAAUGCUGGUACUCCCAAACGUGUGCUGGGUAUGCUGUGGAACAGUGAAGAGGAUGUGAUCCAUUUCGAGACGACCAUGCGAGAAAACAUCAGGAAAAUAAUCGAAAAUGACACAAUACCUACUAAGCGUCAAAUCCUACAAUGCGUGAUGACUCUUUUCGACCCGUUGGGACUUCUUACACCGUAUCUUAUAUUCGGUAGAAUUCUUAUCCAAGACGUGUGGCGUGCUGGAACGAAGUGGGACGAGUUAGUGGAUAAUAACAUUUUUCAACGCUGGCGGGAUUGGGUAAAAAUACUGUAUGACAUAAAUAAAGUUCGAAUUCCCCGCUGUUACUUUCGUCGUCCAGAUAGCUUCAGCUUUGAGAAUGUCCAGCUUCAUGUCUUUGUUGAUGCUAGUCCAACUGCGUAUUCCUGCGCAUGCUACUUCCAUAUAAUUAACGCUCAAGGAGAGGUUGAGGUAUCGUUGGUUGCUGCCAAGGCGAAGGUAGCCCCACUCAAACAUAUGAGUAUUCCUAGACUAGAACUUCAGGCCUGUGUCCUGGGCUCGCGCAUGAUGAAGCUGGUGGUGGAUGGUCACACUUUCUCUAUCUCCAAACGGUAUUUCUGGACAGAUUCGCAAACAGCUCACACUUGGAUCAACAAGGAUCCUCAUAUAUAUCGACCGUUCGUAGCCCAUCGGGUUGCAGAGAUUCUGGAAACCACGAAACGAGAAGAAUGGCGUUGGCUCCGAUCUGAACUGAACCCAGCAGACGAAGCAACGAAAUGGGGCGUUGGGCCUUACUUCAACAGUGAGAGUACUUGGUUUAGUGGUCCGAAAUUUCUCCGGUUUCCAGAGAGCCAAUGGCCUCAUUCAAUACCAGACGAUUCAGGGGAAGAAGAGCUACGUUCGUGCUAUACACAUCAAGAAAUACACGCAUCGGGUAUGAUCAUAGAUGUAAAGCGAUUCUCUUCGUGGAGUAGGCUCCAACGCACAAUGGCAUACGUGCACAGAUUUGUAACGAAUUCUCACAAGGCGGCUGACGUUCGAGAUGUUGGACAUCUUACACAGAGCGAAUUGCAAAAAGCAGAAAUAACAUUGUUCAAGAUGACACAAUGGGAAUCGUAUCCAGAAGAGAUGGCUAUGCUGACGGGAUCUGGGAACACAGUUGAAAGGACUAGUUCCAUUUAUCAAUUCACCCCUAAGGUCGAUAAGCAGGGAGUCCUACGAGUCGAUGGACGAAUUGGAGCAGCCAAGCGAACUGCCUAUGGUGUAAAAUUCCCAGUGAUACUUCCUCAAAAACAUCACGUAACAAAUUUGAUUUUGGAAGAUUUGCAUCGAAAGUUUAAACAUGGCUAUAAUGAGACAGUUGUGAACGAAGCUCGCCAACAGUUUUGCAUCCCACACUUGCGGCGAGUUGUACGAAAUAUAUCCAACCGCUGCCUGCUAUGUAGAAUGCGAAAAGCGUGUCCGGUUGUUCCACAAAUGGCUCCACUACCCGAAGCACGACUAUCACCUUUUGUUCGGCCCUUCACGUACGUUGGAGUGGAUUAUUUCGGACCAAUCUUAGUAAAAAGAGGACGAUGUCAUGAAAAACGAUGGGUAGCUCUCUUUACGUGUCUAACUAUACGAGCAAUUCACGUGGAGGUUGUUUACAGCCUCACGACGGAGGCCUUCAUUAUGAGUGUACGUAGGUUCGUCAAUCGUCGAGGAGCUCCUAUAGAAUUACAUAGCGACAAUGGAACGAACUUCCAUGGCGCAGAAAGAAUUCUUCGUCAACAGAUAUAUGUUGGGUUAUCCGCUACAUUCACCAACGCUUCCACGACGUGGAGGUUCAUUCCCCCCGGCGCGCCCCACAUGGGAGGGUGUUGGGAACGUAUGGUACGUUCAGUCAAGUCUGCACUGUCAACGUCUUAUGGUGAUGAAAAACUAGAUGACAAGGCUUUCCAAACGCUGUUAGUGGAGGCUGAGUCGAUAGUUAAUAGUCGUCCACUAACGUACUUACCGCUACAGUCAACGGAACAGGUAGCUUUAACGCCAAACCAUUUCUUGCUCGGCAGUUCAUCAGGAGUUACACAGCCUUCGGUCCAACACAUCGGCGAUGCUAAUGAACUGAGACGAUCCUGGAGAACUCUGCAAAAGCAACUGGAUAGAUUUUGGAAGAGAUGGGUGAGGGAAUAUAUGCCGACACUCACGAAGCGUACAAAGUGGUUUGGAAAAACGAAAAACAUUCAACCUGGAGAGUUGGUGCUAAUCAUUGACGAUAGAAAGCGGAAUCAAUGGACCCGUGGACGAGUUCUAGAAGUGAUUACAGCAGCAGACGGUGCCGUCAGACAAGUUAUAGUACAAACCUCAGGAGGAAUACUGAGACGUCCAUCUUCAAAACUAGCUGUUCUGGAGUUUGUUGAAAGUGAUGUAACUUCGAAAGCCGAAGGUUCCAUUGGGGGGAGGAUGUUGCCGCCGCAAAAUACCCCUGGUAACCCGGACGAAUUAGGUAGCCCUGCACAACAAAGGCAGCCAACAGCUACAACGGUUUGA